AUGUUUAUAUCAACUAUUUCUAUAAUAUUUGGCUAGUUUGUUUUUUCAAAUUCAUAAUGGGAGUUUUAUACUUGUAAGUUAUAUUAAGAUUAGAUAUUUACUCAAAGGACUGGGUCUUUGGCACAUUAUUAUUCUGGAGGAUUUGUAUUACCUUCAGGCUAAACUACCGCAAAUUUUAUCACUUGUACAACCCCUUACACAAGCUAUAUUACUUUAAGUAAUUAAUAUCCAGAUGCUUAAUGUUAUAAUGCUUUAAGCUUAAAUUAUAAAUAUUGGAUAUCUAUGGAUUUAUUUUUUCAGGGUAAUUGGUCAUCUGAAAAUGUUUAAUUUACCCUUGGAACAUUUUCAUAAUCGUAUACCUACACUUCCCCCACAACUUACCCAUUGACAACUCAAUUUUGUGAUAGCACUUCUUAUGAAGUUAGAACUUGGAAUUUUACUUUUAGUUACACAGAAACUAGUACUUAAGAUUAAUUUUAGAUUAAAUCUUUUAAUACAAAUUAAGGAAAAGUGUCAGUCAGAAAUACCUAUUUCUCUAAACCAAAAAAAUGUUAUCCUUCAUGUUUAAUGUGUUCAGGUCCAAAUGAUAAUUAAUGUACAAGUUGUUAUUAUGGAUUACCUACAAAUUACAUUUGCCCACCUUGCCCAUCAGAUUAAUUCUAUAUGAUGUAUGUGGGAUGUCAUGAUAUUUGUGAUUUUUACAAUCCAUUAUUUAAGAAUGGAUUUUGUUAAUCUUAUCCAAUUUCAACAAUAAGCUAUAUAAAUUUUGGUUUUUAGGUCUCCACAUAGUAGAUUAUAUAUGACCCUCAACAUGUAGAUACAUCUAUAACACUAACUGAUGGUACGAUUGGAGUAUUUAAAUUUAAUUCUGGCAUUUAUAGAUAUAUUUAAGGUUUGGCUUUUUAUUCUUAUUCUACUUAUUUGGUUGGACUGAAUAUUAGAAUCAUAACUUUUAAUGAUAUUCCACUUAAUUGUGGAAUAUAGUUUAAGUUUAAUAAUACUUAUUACGGAUCUAUUUAUAGGAAUGCAUCUGGAAUUCAAACCCAUAAAGUCAAAAUAUUUAAGAUUACUUCUUCUGAAUCAUACCUUUCGUAUUCAGAGAUUAAAAUAUAUGAAAUUACUACAUAUGUUGACAUUCCUAAAUAUUCAUUUAUAUUUUCAGUCGUUGGAAAUUACACGUAAAUAUUAAUUUAUUCAAUUAGUAUUGACACAGCAGGAUGGGGAGUUAGAUAAAUCAUAUUUUCUUAAGGAUAUUGUCCUAAUUAUUGUAAAUUGUGCGAAGUAUCAUUUAAAUGUAAAAUUUGUUAAAAUGAUUAUUAUUUUUAUCGAGAUGGUACUUGUUUAUCUUAUUGCUCAUAUCCAUAUUAAAGUAAAUAGGGCUCUUAUUGUUAUGAUUACGAUGAUGAAACACCUUACUCCACAUAUUUGAUUAAGGAAUAUUUAGAUCGGACUGGAGACCCUGAAUAAUAUGCAAAGUAUACUUUAAUUUCUCAAAAUGGAACAAAUUUUUUGAAAGGAUAGGAUAUCUAUUUUUCAUAUUGGUAUAAUUAUAGAGUCCUUGGAGGACCUUUUGUAUGGGCUUAGGCUAAAUUCUAAAGGAUUCAUAAUAUAAUAACCCCGCAUCAUAGUGUUACUAUUGCAUUUUACAUUGUUUAUGGACCGUCAUUCCCAUCAGAUGGGAGUUUUAUAUAUCAAAUUGAGAAUAAUACACCUGUUUCUAUGUAAAGUUCAAGUAAUUCUGAAUCUACUUCUGAUGGCUCAAAAUACGACAGAGUAUAUGAAAAAAUCAAUCAUAAUACAAAUACAUUAACAAUCACUUGGGAAUGCUUUGGACCGAAUAAUGAACCAAUAGAGGCAUAUUGUGGACUCUAUAAUUAUUAUGUUGCCGUUCAUAAUUGCUAACCUUAAUGUUUAUAAUGUUCGGAUUAAUCUACAUGUACUUCAUGGAAUAGCACUUAUGAUUCUAAUAUAAUUAAAUUUUCUUAAGCAGAUUGUUUGAUUAACCAAUAUUAUGAUGAAGAAUCAGUAGGAUGUAAAGAAUGUCCAUAUUCAUGCUUAACAUGCACAUCUAAAUUAGAUUGUUAAACAUGCAAAUCAAGCUAUACCUAAUCUAAAUUAGGAUGUACUUGCAAAAUGAAUCAGUACGAAGAUUCAAAUUAAUGUUUUGAUUGUCCAAUAGUAUGUAAUUAAUGUUUAACUUCUACUUAUUGUAUAGAAUGUUUAAUUACUAAUAAUAGAUAAUUAUCAAAUGGGUAAUGCAAUUGCAUUGAUGGAUAUUAUCAUAUUGCAUCUAAUCCUUAAUGUUAGCUAUGCCAUUAAUUUUGUAAAACUUGUUUUGGACCAACUUCUGAUGAAUGUUUAACAUGCAAUAAUUUGGUUAGUAUUGAAAAAGUAGGAUCAACUUGUAGAUGUUCAGCAGGGAAAUCUUAUUAGUAUGCAACAAAAACUUGUUCUUCUUGUCAUUCAUCGUGCUUAACUUGCUUUAGAAUUGCCAUUGAUGGUUGUUUAACCUGCAAUCCAAGUUAAAAUAGAAUAUUAAAAGGGUUAAAAUGUGUUUGUUCACCUGGUUAUUAUGAAUUAAACAAUUUUUGUACAAAUUGUCCAAAUACAGAAGAUUUAUCUUUUAGCUAAUGCUAUAAACUUUGCAAUAAUAAUUAAUUGAUAUGGCAUACUAUUACUUGUAGUACUUGCGAUACUGGAUUUUAAUUAAUAUCUGGAGAAUGUCAACCUAUUUGUGGAGAUUUAUAAGUAAAAGGAUAUGAAUAAUGUGAAGAUAAUAAUACACUCCUUAAUGAUUUAUGCUAUAAUUGCUAAUUUUAAUGUCCAGCGCAUUGUUUAACUUGUGAUUAAUCAACGAUCUUUCCUUGUCCUGAUAUUUGUGGAGAUGGAAUUAUUUCUGGAACUGAAGAAUGUGAAGAUGGAAAUAUUACUUAGUAUGAUGGGUGUUUUAAUUGUAAAUAUUAAUGUGAACUUUAAUGUACAUAGUGCAUAAAAGGACAAUGUUUUGAGUGUGCUACUGGUGGCUGGCAAAUUGAUCUAACAGUUACUCCUUGGAAAUGUAAGGAGACUUGUGGAGAUUAGUUAGUAAUUGGAAGUGAAUAAUGUGAUGAUGGAAACUCUUAUGAUACAGAUGGGUGCAAAGAUUGUAAGUAUUACUGUAGAAUUGGUUGUUCUUCUUGUGAUUAUACAACCAAAAAAUGCUUAAGUUGUGGUCCACCUGGGCUAUUUCCUAUUUCCUACUAUUGUUAAAAUAUAUGUGGAGAUGGCAUAAUCGCACUAGAUCCUUCUGGGUACUAUACAGAGCAAUGUGAUGAUGGCAAUACUACUAAUGGAGAUGGUUGUAGUGAUACUUGUGAAUUUUAGUGUUAAAAGUCAUCUAUUUGCACUAGCUGCGUAAGUAAUAGAUGUUAAAUAUGUGCUGUUGGAUAUUAUAUAUCAAAUUAAAAAAUAUGUAUACCAAUUUGUGGCGACUCGUUGAUUGUAGAAGGCGAAUAAUGUGAGAUAUCAUCGAUACUACCAUAUAAAGGUUGCUAAAAUUGUUUAAACAAAUGUCAAAAGUCUUGCGUCACUUGUGCUAAUACUGGACUUGGCUGUUAAACAUGCAAAACUGGUUAUAAGCAAGUUGAUUAUUUAUGUUAUUCAAUCUGUGGAGAUAAAAUAGUAACUGAAGAUGAAGAAUGUGAUGACGGCAAUUUAAUUAUUGCCGAUGGAUGUCAUUUCUGUUAAUAUAGUUGCUAGGAUUCAUGUCUUUAUUGCCUUAAAGGAACCUGUUACGGUUGCUAAGAAGGUUAUCAACUAAUACAAACUAAAUGCUACUCUAUAUGUGGAGAUGGUGUUUAAAAACAAAAUGAACAAUGUGAUAUAAUAACUUCAUUGUAAAUUUAUGAAAAUUGCUAAUCUUGUUAAUUUACUUGUAAUUUGAAUUGCUUUUUGUGUUAAUUUGGUAUUUGUUAUCAAUGCUAAGAUGGAUAUGAAUUAAAUCCUAAUCAACAGAUUUGUACUAAAUCUCUAUAAUAUAAUUCUAUUGUAAUUGAGAACUGUAAUAUCUAAAUUGGGGAUAGUUGUAUUUCGUGCAUACAAUAUGCCUACUUUGAAUAAUCUGUGUCGAAGUGCUAGUUAAAAGAAGCACCAUUAACUUUCUGUGAAUAUUAUCUUAGAUUAUCUCCAGAAUUACAUUGUAGUUAUUGUAUUGAUUACUGUGUGGCAUGUAAUGAAAAUAAAUGUCUAAAUUGUUAAAGAGGCUAUUAUUUAGAUGAAAAUUUUUCUUGUAUAUCAUUUUGUGGCGAUGGUAUACUGGCACACGAUGAAUAAUGUGAAAUUUUUGAUAAAAAUUGCUUAAGUUGUAUGUUUGAUACCCCAAGAUAAUGUGAAAAAUAUUUUUAAGAUUAUUGUUAUGAAUGUAAACAGGGAUAUCAUCUUAAUGAAUAUACAAAUGUUUGUGAAUCUGUAUGUGGAGAUGCAAUAAUUGCUCAUGAUGAAGACUGUGAAGAUAAUAAUUUUAUAGAGUUUGAUGGUUGCCAUCAUUGUAAAUAUUCUUGUAGUUAAUAAUGUAUAAAUUGCUUAAAUGGAGUAUGCUAAGAAUGUAAAACAAAUUAUUUUCUUAGGGAUGGGUUUUGUUAUUAUGAAGCAGUUGUCAUUGAUUUCUAAUCAUACUGUUAAUUAAAUUUGAAUAGAGAUUGCUUAAUUUGUGUCAAAGAUUAUAAAUUAAACGAGUUAGGUGAUUGUAUUUCUAGAAGUUCCGAGAGCUGCAUUCAAUAUUAUAAUAAUUAAUGCUUUUAAUGUGCAUAAAAAUAUGAACCUUAUGAAAAUAUAUGCAUUUAAACCUAAUAAUGUUAAAUAGGCUUAUACUUGGAUUAAGAGUUAUUAAUUUGCUAAUCUUAGUGUGGUGAUGGAUAUAUUAAUGGAUGGGAAGAGUGCGAUGAUUAAAAUAUGUAACACUCUGAUGGUUGCUAUUAGUGUAAAUACGAAUGCGAUGAUAAUUGUAUAUAAUGUAUAAAUGGAGAAUGUUUAGAAUGUUCAUAAGAAUUUACUUUAAUUGAGAAUAACUGCUUUUCAAAGUGUUAAGAAAUUUGUAUUAAUUGUGUUUAAGGUGAAUGCUAGUUAUGUAGCAGUGGUUAUUUCUUAGAUGAACAUUUACUUUGUAUAAAAAUUGACUGUGAAUAUGAUUUCAGUUGUACUCCAUAAUGUGGAAAUGGCAUAAUAGAAGAUAUUGAACAGUGUGAUGAUUAAAAUUUAUUAAAUGAUGAUGGUUGUAACAAUUAAUGUGAAUAAAUUUGUGAUGUUAAUUGUACACGUUGUAUUGAUGGUGUUUGUUUUGAGUGCAAAGAAGGAUGGAAUUUAGGUUCAUUCUUUUGUGAUCCAAUUUGUGGAGAUUUAAUUAUUGUUGGGAAUGAGGAAUGCGAUGACGGAAAUUAUAUUAAUUUUGAUGGUUGUUUUUAAUGUAAAUAUUAAUGCAGUCAAUUUUGUGAAAAUUGCUUGAAUGGAAUAUGUCAAUCUUGUUAACUUGAUUAUGAUUUUGAUUAAUUAAAUAAUUCAUGUAAGCCAAUUCAACCAUAACUUACAAUUUAUGAGAAACCAAAUUGCAAGUUGUUAGAAGGUAAAUAAUGUUUACUUUGUUAAUUUGGAUAUCUAGAUUACAUUUCUUAAACUUGCAUUGUUGAUUAUAAUAUGAACCGAUGCAAUAAACAUUGUAUUUCAUGUGUACUUUCCAAAUGUUUAGAAUGUGAAUUUGGAUAUCAUGGAACCAAUUGUAUACCUAAAUGUGGAGAUGGUAUAAUAGUUUAAGAGGAGGAAUGCGAUGAUGGAAGUUAAUACUAGUUAGACAAUUGUUUAAAUUGCAAAUACUAAUGUCCUCAAUAUUGCCAAUCUUGUGCUUAUGGUGAUUGUACUCAUUGUAUUGAAGGAUUCUAUUUAGAUAUUGUAACCAAUACUUGUAACUCUGUUUGUGGCGAUAGUAUACUGGCAAGUGAUGAAGUUUGCGAUGAUGGCAAUGAAUUGAGAUACGAUGGUUGUUUUGAAUGUAAAUAUUAAUGUCAAGAAAUGUGUUUGGAUUGUUAAUUUGGAAAAUGUAUGUUAUGCGAACUUCCUUUUAUACUUGUACUGUCAAAAAGUAUAUGUGAAGUAACAAAAUCAUGUGAAGAUUUAAUAGGGUUGUAUUAUGAUAAUCAUAGUAAUGAUUGUUUACCAUAUUGCGGAGAUGAAAUUGUUGCAGGUAAUGAAGAUUGUGAAGAUUUUAAUAGUAUUCCUGAUGAUGGAUGCUAUUAAUGCAAAUUUUAAUGUUCAAAGAAUUGUCAGGUAUGCUAAGAUAGAGUUUGCAUUUAAUGCCAAACAAGUUAUAUGUUAAAUAAUUAUCAAUGUUUGUUAGAUAAAUCAAAUGUAUAAAAUAAUUCUAGCAUUAUCGAAGAAACUAGCGGCAACAAUCCUAAUACUACAAUUAUCAUAGAAACUAAAAAUAACAUUACAAGUACUGAUAGUACAAAGGUAGAAUAGAGUUCAUGGAAAGAUAAUAAGGUAUGUCGAGAUAAUGAAUGCGUAUAUUCAAAAAAAGCAAUCAUGUAACUGACCUACAACAAAUAAUUAUAUGCUCUCUAAUAUGUUGAUAUUACAUUUGACUAAGAAGUAAAAAUUUAGGACAAUAUAUUAAAAGACCAAACACUAUUUAAUAUUAGCAUCACAGAUUUAGAUUCCCAAUAUUAUAAUAUUACUAUUAAUGCAAUUUAAGAUCUUUCAUUCGACCUUUCGAAUGCAAAGUAUUAGGUUGUAAUUGACAUUUUCUAACAGCUUUCUACAAAAUCUGUUCUUUAAGUUUAAUUGAACCAAGUAGUUGUUAACUCAAAUAAUUAAACCAUUUUUAAUCCCAGUGAAUAAAUUAUUCUAUAACUCCCAAAAAUAAUAUCUGGAGAAUAAAAAUAGUUAUCCAAUUAUGCUUAAUCAUCCAACAAAGCAUUUAUGAUUGGAGCAAUAACUAUAUGUGCAGUUUCUUUAGUUUCUGGUUAAAGUUCCUUCGUUAUUGAAACACUGAAUCUUUUGUAAUAUUAAUCAUUCUUACGAUUUAUUAAUGUGGACUAUCCUGAAAACCUUUAAAUUUAUUUUUAAGCAUAGGAGUUGCUAUCUCUUACAUCUUAUUUGAACCUUUUUGAAGCUGAUGAUUAUUUAAAUUUAAUAACAAGAAAUGAAAAAUAAUUUGAAUUAAGUGGAAAAUUCUAAUAAUAUCAUGUAGAAGUUGAUCUUUUUACAAAUAUUUUACCACAACUUCUUUAAGCAUUAGCAUUGAUACCAUUAUUUUAUUUUGCCAGAAACCUUUUUCUUUUAUUCUUAAGAUUAAGUUAAUAUAUGAAAAGUCUCGAAUAUCAAACAACUAUUUAAUCAAAGAUUUUUUUAAUAAUCACUAAUUUAUUACUUAAUUUUAAAAAUAGCAUCACCUAAAUAAUGAAAAUACGGUAUCUUUAAAAUUAUAAUAAAAUGCUACAACCUAUUUACAUUAAUUCAUGGGAUUUGAUAUUUAAAGUGAUUUUACAAAUUUAUUAUAAUAGAGUAAAUAAUUUGAGAAGCAUUUUAACUACAUUUUUUGCAAUUUCAAUACUUUUGAUGUGUAUUAGCUUGUUAUUAAAAUUAUUUAGUGUAUGUGGAGAUUACCAUAAGAAAAAUAUAAAAGCAAUUCAAUAAAUAAAAUUCAUAGGCUUAGACAUUUCCAGAACGAUGUUUUUCCAUAUUGUAUUAAUAGAGUUCUAAAGGGAAUAAAUUUUGUAAUUGCUGUUAAUUUCUUUUAGCAAUGUAAGCUCAUUCUAUAUAACCUACUAAUAUAAAUUAUGCUCCAAAUCUGAUAGGAUUAUAUUAUUAAUAAUUGAAGGAGUCUUGACAAUAUUUAGUUUAAGCUUAUUCUUAUAUUUUGAUUUUACUCAGAUGGCUAUUUCCUAUGAAAACAAAGUUACUUUAGGAUUUAUUUAGAUGUAUUUUUUGAUAACGUGCCUUGGAAUAGUUUUUGCAAAGCAACUCUAUCCUAAAGUUCAAUAUGUUUUCAGAUAGAUGUUUAAGCAGGAGAAAGUGAAAGUUGCUAGUAAUAAAUUAUUUUCUUGA